UCCGAGGCUGGAGUUCGCCAGGAGCCGACUCCGAGGGACAGCGAGAGGAGGGACGCCGGGCACUGCAAAGUCCCACCACCCGCCCUGCCCUGCCCUUCCACCGCCACCGCCGCCCCAGAUUUGGGCCCCGACCAUGAAGAUCCCGCUGCUGGUCUCCACGGGAAUUCUGCUGGUCGCCCUCCUGCCCUGCCAGGAGUGCAGAGCUCUCAGCAAGAGUCCGGCAGCCGCCUCCGGGGCUCUGCACCAGCCAGAUUUCUUCCAGCAACAGCAGCAGCAGCAACAGCAGCAGCAGCAAACUCUGCCUGUCCUGCUCCGCAUGGGAGAAGAGUAUUUCCUGCGCCUGGGCAACCUCCACAAGAGACCCCUUGGCUCUUUCUCCGCCUCCUCCAGCAGCACCAGCCACCUACAGCCCGAAGCCUCCGCCAGCAACUUUUUCCGGGCGGCGGUGCAACAGCUGCAGCAGCUGCCCAAGCGCUCGCCGGGGAGCCCCGAGAACGGCGAAGCCGAGGGUGAGGCCGUGGAGAGGGAAAAGCGAUCCGAGGAGCCCCCUAUUUCUCUGGAUCUGACUUUCCACCUCCUGCGAGAAGUCUUGGAGAUGGCCCGAGCCGAGCAGUUAGCCCAGCAAGCUCACAGCAACAGGAAACUGAUGGAGAUAAUCGGGAAGUGAAACGGCCCCGCCCCACCUUGCCAAAGAGAUUCCGCAGUUAGCACAAGAAUAAUUACACCGUCCGAUGUACCAUAGUGCUGCUCUGAUGUCAUCUCUUUAUUUUUAUAUAGCUUUAAACCUAGAAGGGUGUGCUCCGAACAGCCUCUGUCCCUUGACUAGCAUGCACAACCGUGUACCAAGUGCAGAAACUCGAGUGUCGUUCGUAACCUCCCCUACCUUUAUUUAUUUCUCCAUUUCCCAGUUAUUCUAGUGCCAUCGCUACGUAGGGAUGUGUGAGCAUUGGAAGAAAUGGUGCCAAGAAGACAGAAAACUUUUCUGCUAGGGGCAGGGAGGUGGGAGGGGGAAUCUCUGUAAGCUACUUUCAAUUCACUUUUUUUCCUGUAAACAUUUUCAAAAUAAAACAUCUUUUCAGCGCUCGGUCGAUUUGGUUGUGUAAGAGAAUGUUUAAUAUUUAUAUUUUUAAUAAAAGCUGCAAAGUAAA